AUGACACUUCAGUCAUGGUACCGAUGGGAACGUGUCGGUUCAAACUGCAUUCAUCUACUGGGUUAUAUCAAAGUGCAAAGUGGCUGUAAUAACGUGAUUUCUGAGCAUGGAGUCGUGUUUGACGCUGAUCACCGAAAUCAUGUUGACGUCUUUUGGCCACUCUCAACACGUGCCGUCCAUUCUAUUGAAAAAGGAAUCAGAUCUGAAGCUGCAGAACGUGAUCGCCGUGCUCGCAGCCGUGCAUCCUCAAGUUUGGCCGCACGUCGUUUUACUGUUUCCUCGGCAUGUAUUCGAGCCAUUCUUUUUCGCUUUCGCUCACUCACUGGUACCUGGUCUUCCUCAUUUCGGUUUGCACUUAUUCCUUGGAAUGCUACUCUUCACGGCGAGCAGAUGAGCAUAGAAACGGAAUGCGCGGAGCUGAUUUGUUAG